CAUGGAUAUUAAACGGCCAACAAAUAAGGACAGUGAGGAUGAUAUACUGCGUUUUCAAGAAGAAUUCUUAAAAUCUAAAGAAAAAGAAUGUGUAACGGUUAUAAAACCUCCAGGGUCAAAACGUAAAUCGGAGAUUGGAGGCGACUCAAGCCGAACUAAUGAACAACUUAAAAGUUCUACAUCUCCGUCCAAAAAAUCUAGAUUCAAACAAGACCGGGAAAAGAAACAGUCAAAGCAGAAAGAAGAAGAACGAUUAGACUACUUAAGAGCCGAUGACGCAAUGAAGGAAGAAAAUAGUGUAACUUCGGUUAUGUCAUCAGUCGUUGAAAGAGAUUUUGUUGCUAUUUCCUGGGAUUUACCACUCAAAUUUACCAAAGAAGCAUUUCCAGUUGUUCCUUUGUUAACAGACUUUGACAAGAAGAGUGAUACAAAAUCAUUAUUUGCUCAUCAUUUCGACACAAAUCCCAAGGACUUUGGAGUAUCCCAUUACGAAAAGGAGGCAAAGAAGUUUUCCACUACAACAGUAUUUCCUAUGAAACCUUUCGAUUCACUAAUAACAGGCUCGGGCUUAAGCAAAGAAAAUCCACAAAAAAUUGUAGAAGAAAUUCACGAAGAAAAUCUUGGCUUGCUAUCAUCUAUGUCAGAAACGGAAAUCUUAUCGGAAAAAGAAAAACUAAUGAAAUCUUUGGAUCCUAAUCUUAUCAGCUUUUUACAAGCUAAACGAAACCAGGGACAAACAGAGCGUAAAGUAACAUUUAAGGAAGAACCUGUAAAAAGUAAAGAAACUGAACAAGAUACCGAUAAUAUGGAAGUUAACAGUGAACUUUUAAACAUCGAAGAUUUACCAAUAAAAGUCGGUAAUAAUUGGUUAAACAUGAACGUUGUUGAGAGUGAAAAAUUAGGGUGGCUCAAAGAUUUGCCAGAUCCGGCAAAUUUAAAUAAAGAGACAGCAACUCCUGCGAGAUUUGAUUUGGAAGGAAACUUGUUGGCACCAGACGCCAACUUACCUACUCAUUUGGGACUUCAUCAUCACGGUGAAGAACCAGAGAGGGCUGGCUAUACUCUAACAGAACUAUUCCACCUUUCUAGAAGUGCUACUAUCCAACAGAGGUGUUUAGCCUUGAGAACGUUAGCAAAAAUUCUUGCAAAGGCUCAACAGGGAGAAUUUCUUGAUAACAUUCAAAAGUCUAUAGUAAAUAGUUGCGUUGAUGGAGGAAUUCUAAACAUUAUCCGCUGGGCUUUGGAUGAUCAUGUUGAAUUGAGCAUAGCUGCAUCGCUAUUUUGCUUAAAUGCUUUAAUUUGUUCUCCAGCUGAUGAGGAGAUGUUAGACAUAGUAUUCGAUUGGCCUACUGGAUAUGAGGUUUCAAGUUUAGUACCUGCAAUUGAGCCUAGGUCAGAGAGGGAAAGCGAAAUUCCUGAUUCAGGCCUAAUAAGAAUGGACAUUCUACAAAGAUUAAAAUAUGUUCUCAUCAAUUGUACUCUCGACACAAAAAUUAAUGAAAAUAUUUUAAGAAUACUAAUAAGAAUUGCUAGACACUCACUCGGUACAAGUUAUAAGAUUGUACACACCGCAAGCUUAUUGGAUACACUUCAGAAAAAAUUUCUUCCCAAUUUCUACAAUUAUGAAACAGAAAGUUCUACUUUGACGCUUUUCCUAAAAUUAAUUCGAGUGUUAAGUACAACAGGAGAGAACAUAUGCUCUUCAUUGAUGAAAAAUUAUAAAAUAUUACCUAAAUUAGUGGCCUAUACGGUUCAAAAUUUGAAUAGACCUCUUCCAGAGAAUUUACUAUCAGAGAUUUUGAAAUUAUGGUCUACAUCUGUCUUACUUGGAUAUGGGUUAGAUAAUUUCGAAGAAUAUUAUGCAACUUUGGUCCAGACUUUACAAAAAACCAACGAUUGCCGUUUAAAAUCGCAGUUGAUAACAUUAUUUACAUCUCUAACAGCGGCUAUAGGUCGUUUGCACGCUGUACAAGGUAAAAAAUGGGCGAAUAAAGAUAAACUAUGCGUAAUUGAUGAGGAGGAAGUUUCCCGCUAUUUUCCUGAGCUAAAUUGGUCUCAUGUUUCCGGCCUAUACGAAAUUAUAAGAAGUAUUCUAAAAGAUCCCCUAAACAGGAUAAUAAAUGAUCAUUUAAUAGAACUGUCUCAAGAGGAGAUCACUCUUUGUUCAAGCUGUUUUCAGUAUUUCAAUACCUUUUUUCAAUUUGAAACGCAACAGUUACAUUACGAAGCUAUUAAAUUACAAGAAAAAACAAAAUCACUAAGUAAAGAAUUUAUCGAACCAUUUAUUACCAGACAAAGUUUUUCUAUUUACUGGAGAAAAUUUCGAUCCGUAUCACCUUUCUUACAACACAAUAGAAUAAAAAUUGAAUCACUAUCAUCGUUACCGUCCUUUGGAAGUAUUUCAGAUCAUGGAAUAUCUUUAAGUGGCUCUCAAUAUUCUUUUAUCCCUUUCAAUUUGUCUCUCAUUCAACUUUGUAACACUUUAAUUGAUAUUGAUAAAAACUUAAUUUUGUCAAUUACGCAACCUAUUUUAAGAAAUGCUGAAGUUUUGCAAUAUAUUAGAAGAUGUUGCCAAAGCGAUAUUAUUGUUUCUUCUUAUUUCGCAAAAUUCGAUUUUCUUAUACAAUUCCAAUUAAUUAAAUUAAUUUCCUAUUAUACACCCCUACACGAAUACAACGAUUGGAUGAAACCUUUUCAUUUAAUGUCUUUAAAAUUAGUUACAAGACUCCAAAAAGGGGAUGAAUAUAUAAUUGAUUGGAUAUUUAAAAAUAUUUUAUUUUGUCAAUACUUCUUCAAGUCAGAGAUAACGCUAGAUUUGCCUGACGUUUCUACAAUUUCUCUAGAUAUACCAUCAGCAUUUAAACCUACAAAGGAAGGAUUACUCAAACAUUCAUAUAAUUCCUUACAUAAAAUUAUGGAAUUAUACUGUAAUUGCAAUCUGGACGAUAAGAAAGCUUUUACAAAUAGUAAAAAUCGAUUUAACAAGAAUAUUUUUGAUAUAUCAUCACUUGUUACUGGAUUUGUAAAUGAAAAUUGUCUACCAGUCGAUUGGCAUUUUAUACCUUUAGUUAAACUAUAUAGUCUAUCUUGCGAUUUGGGGGAUAAUCCGAAACAAAACACUGAAACAUUGAUGAGAGAGUCAAGCUGGUGCCUAUCUUGGAUAUAUCUAUUGCUGACUUUGAGACCCGAUGUAAACCUACAACACAUUUCGCCUAGCCUUACUUUUGCUAGAUUUUUAUGCAUCUUUCUAGCUGGCCAGGACGUCUUUAUGGAUAAAUCGGUCAAUUGCUAUUUAAGCGGUCUUCUUAUUCAUUACUACACUCCUUCAAUCAUCAGUAAAAUGAGUUUUGAGAAAACAAUUGCUGGAAUAGCAUCUUUUCAUGAUCUCUAUAAGAAGUUGCUGGACGAGUAUCUAGCAUCAUCUUUCGGAGACUACGUUUUCUCCCAAUAUAUACUUUUACCAAUAAUGCCAAGAUUCCCUGUUAGCUUGCGAAAGAUGUUUUGGGCAGAUUAUUCAAAUAUUUUCAGAUUCUUUGCUUUACCAAUAGUAGAGUGUGCUCUACCCUUAAAUUUACUUACUGAAGAAGAAACAAACGAAGAAGUUUUACAAAUGCAAUGGAAAGCUUUAACUGCUAAGGCAGUGAAUAAGAAAUAUUCUCCGCUAUUGUAUCUUAUUUCAUUACAUAGCUGUAAUACAAUUAUCUAUAGAAGAGAUUGUCAAUUUGGUUUAAGAAGUACAAUUGUAAAAUUACUUGAAAAACUUAAACAAACCAACGAGGUUUCAAGAACCGCUUUCCGCUUCUUUAGUCGCUUAAUUCAACUUUUAGAAAAACAUACUGUUGAAGACUUAAAAACUGCAUCGAAAACAGCCGGCCUUAAUAGCAGAGAAAUAGACGAUCUCCUGGAUUUCGUUGCAGUAAUUAUGGGGAAUUUUGGAGUUGUGAAUUAUGUUGAUAAAACUGAUAGUCUUACAAUAGGCACAGUGAGUUUUUCGAUGUUUGCAAAAGUCUAUCUAACAAUGCUAGAUAUUCAAACGCCAAGAUUUGAAUCAAUCGAUAAAGAAUGGAGAAGUUUAAAAAAGAACUUUCGAUUUCUCUAUGACAGUAGAAUGGACACGACGGGAACAAUGUUGUCGGCGUGUUCAAAAAAAGACCUUCAAGAUAUUCAAGAGUAUCUUGAAGCAAAUGGAUACUUAUCGCACAGUACAAGAAUAAGGAAAGUCGACAUUAGAAGAAAUAUUUUUGACGUUUUUAUUGCCCAAACGGAAAAUACUUCAAAUGUUCCAUUAGAGUACACAAUUCCACCAAAUAAGGUUAUUAGAGUAAAAACUAUUUCCGACUACUAUUUUGGCUCAUUACAUUAUAUAAGAAGGCAUUUGGAACAGUUAAUAAAACUGGGCGGCCCUCAUAAAGAGUGCGUAAAAAGUUAUCUAAGAUAUUUUAAAAAUGGCUAUCAGACCGAACAUCUUAGAGCUCGCCGAUUAGCCUAUCGUUCUAAAAUUGUGUUUAUUACUGGUUUUAUAGACCAAUUACCAAGAAAUAUACAAAAUCGUUUUUCGUUCAGGACUUACAUUGCCUUAAGAGUUGAUUACUGGGAUAAAAAGCUUAAAAUUUUCCAAAAAAACUCUACUAAGUUCGCAAGUACUAUUCCAGUAUAUGGUUUACAGUAUUUAGUAAGUCGUGAAAAGGUCAAGGAUGUGUUGAUGGUUAGGCUGUUAAGAAGUUCGCCAGGUGUAAUUUGGUUUAGUGAAGAAAGUGUUUACCUAACUGACGACGAGAUUGAAUUACUUGAUAACGAAGGAUUAAGAAUAUAUAAAGUUCAAAUUAUCUUAAAAACAAUUAUAGGAGGAUUAACGGCAGGGGAGAUACGAUUAGAUAAGAAUAAACUCUUCUUUGCCAAAGGUCGAAUAAGAAUGAAGAUACCUGAUAGAGUCAAAGUUAGAAAUUAUUAUCGCACCUUCGAGAGUUAUGAAUCGAGGUUUGGUAAUCUUUCAAGGCCACUUGAAGUUCUUAGGAGGGAAUGUUUAUGUUUAUAUUUAAGUACAAUACCGGAAAUACAUGAAAUAUUUGAACUAAAUAGUAAUCUUAAUAUGAAAGAAGUACAAUGGAUUAUGUUAAUUAAUUCUUUAGUUAGCGGUAUAACAGCUUUAGAAUAUUUCUGUGCCGAAAUACCUCCAAACGGAUCUUGGGAAAGUAAAGAGCAACUUGGAAAGUUUCUCUUCUUCAAAUUCCUCUUGAUUAAAGGGGUUAUGGGAUUAGAAUUCAAUAUAAAUCUUAGAACUGGAAAAGUUUGUUAUACACAUGAUAGAGACACACCCAUUGAAGAUAUUAUUAAAAUAGUAUCGGAAAUGUUUUUUCAAAUACACGAACUACGUUUAACUGGGAAUGUUGAAGAAGCAGCUGCAAUAAUUAAUCGUUUUUCCCACGUUGACAAACAGUGUCGUGCAUUAAAAAAAGAAUUCGAUUAUCCUAAUGGAACAACGGAUGUUUAUAUUCAAGAAAAAGUUACAAUUGAGGAGGAUGAAUUAAUUUUUACAGAUCAUGAAUUAACGAGGGAAGGGCUUAUUCAAAAUGUAGCCGAAAUUAUGUGGGAUGACGAAUUAGCUGUUGUAUCUAGGAAUUUAUUAAACAAUUUUGGAACCGAUGGGACACCGACGGCUGAAAAUUUUCGAUGUGAGAGGACUUUGCUCCCAUCUAAGGACGAAUUAACGGAAGGGAAACUACUCGUUAAAUCACUCUAUAUAUCGACCGACCCUGCUUUGAGAUGUCGUAUGAACCUCGAUACGGGUGUUGACUAUACAGAACCAUGGCAAUUAAAUGAAACUCUCGACGGAUUUGAAGGAAUUGGUAUUGUCGAAGAGAGCGCCCAUCCCAAUUAUAAGAAAGGUGACGUCAUCCAUAAUCUUUUACAUUGGCAAUGGAAAAAAAUCUUUGUCCUUGACGCUGAAGCCCCCCAUUCCAUUUUUCUCCGCACAAUUGAUAAGAAAGAUGUCGAAGCCGAUAAUUUAACCUCAUAUAUCAGCCUUUUAGGAAUAGCUGGAAUGACAGCUUAUAUAGGCCUAAAAGAGAAGGGUUUCGUGAAGCCAAAUAGUACUUGUGUCAUAAGUGGAGCAGCCGGUUCGUGCGGUUCGAUAGCAGGACAGGUUGCUAAGAAUUGGGGUUCAACGACGGUCAUUGGCAUUUGUGGAUCCGAUGAAAAGUGUAGAAUAUUAACGGAAGAGCUUGGUUUUACGGCAGCAAUAAAUUAUAGAAUGGAGAAUGUAAUGGAAAGAUUGAAGGAGCUGUGCCCGAACAAGAUUGAUGUUUAUUUUGAUAAUGUUGGAGGAUCAAUUACAGAAAAUGUUAUUAGCCAUAUGAAUGACAACUCUCAUGCAGUACUAUGCGGAGAAAUAGCAAAUUAUAACAAAGACGUUCCCUAUCCAUCACCCUUGUCUCCGGCAAUUGAAAGAAUAAUGAAAGAAAGAAAUAUUACUAGAGAGAGGUACUUGGUGCUGGACUAUCCUGAACAAUUUGCAGAUGCAAGAGAUAAACUAAUAGAGAUGUAUAAGGAGAAUAAGAUAAAAACUAAAGAAUCAAUAACAAUUGGUUUCGAAAAUAUUGGUAAAGCAUUUUGCGAUAUGAUGUCGGGAAAAAAUGUCGGAAAGCAAUUAGUUAAAGUUUGA